UUUAGGGCGUAUACAACUACUAUUUACUAUGAGACUCACUAAGUAGAAACAACUAACAACUUGCUAUGGCUAGAUCUACUACAUGUAAAACAUUUUUUAUGGUCCAUCAUGUUGACUUUAAUAGCUGUCUAAACCUCAAGGAGCUACUACCACACCUAAACGAGCAGCAGCUUCUGACCAGUGAUGAAAUGGAAAAAUUGAUGUUGCCCAGUCAAACUAGACAAGAAAAGACAUGUGAACUAGUUAAAAUCAUGUGCAUAAAAGGAGAUCGAGCUCCUUCAUUAUUUGUAAAGUGUGUUCGUGAUGCAGCGGAACACUUGCCUCAUUCUGAUCUGGCAGAUAAAUUGGAGAAUUGGCUUAUAAAUAAUCAGUCUGCAACCGGAAUAACCGACACGUUAGCUACAAGUUCUGGUUCUGAACCUACCUCUCAUUCUCCACAACCCAGCAAACCGUCAAGUUUGAAAAGACAACACAAUUCUGACCAAAGUUCCGGCGAACCUUCUAAGCGAACGCGAACCUCCAGUCCAGAUCCCCAGUCAUGCUCGGAUUUCUCCCGACAAUGCAUUACUAGCCCUCUUCAAGUCUUUGCGGACAAUCUACGUACCACUUACACACAAGCUAAAUUUUUCAGGAGGGCUGCAGGACCUGCAUCCAAAAAAAUGCAGUAUAUAAGUUUAGCUCUUAUCAAGAAACAGAAAGCCAAUCACAUAGACAGAGAGCAAGAUAAAUUUCUCAAAAGCACUUUGCACGAUUCAGCCGACGAUAUCAUCAAGAAAAAAGAGCAAAUUCAACUGGAUCGAGUUUUUGCAUACGGUGAAGAUCAGCCAAGAAAGUUAGUACUAGUUGAAGGAGCUCCCGGUGUAGGAAAGACAAUGCUAUAGCACUUGAAAUGUGUCGGCUCUGGGCCAAAGGAGAGUUUCUUAAUGAAGAAUAUGACAUUUUGGUUUUGGUUACUCUUCGAAGAUUCCAAAAAAAGUCUGUAGUCACGCUAAAAGACAUAAUAAACAUUGUUUUAGAAGGUGAUAUAUGUGACAAGGCUGUUGAGCAGGCUUUUCGUUCUCAAGGUGACAGGACGUUGAUUAUCCUUGAAGGCUGGGAUGAGUUACCGCCGGAGCUACGUGAAGAAGGCUCAUUUUUCUUUGAUAUUGUCGUGGGCAAUAAGCUUCCAAAAGUUUCAGUGCUAGUCACUUCUCGUCCAUCAGUGACGGCUGAUCUUUAUGACUACAUGGAUGAACGACAUAUCGAGGUGUUAGGAUUUGACACUGAGCAAAUCACACAAUACAUACAACUUCAUGGCGGGGAAAUGUCUAAAACUAUUCUCGGUCAUCUCAACAAGUUUCCAAACCUCAAAGCGUUGGCCCACAUCCCGCUUACACUUUCUAUUAUCUGCCACGUGGCUCGUAUGGAGUCCGCCUUACCACACACUCUUACCGAGUUAUACGAACAAUACAUCUGCAAUACCCUCUACCAAAACUGUAAGAAACAAUCAAAUUCAGCACUGAAUUCUAUUAAUGGCAUUACCAGCUUAAGCAAGCUUCCUCCCGAAAUUAAAAGUGUCUUCAACCUAUUGUGUAUUUUAGCGCUGGACAGCUUUAAACAGAAGAAAUUUGUGUAUAGCAGAGAAGAUUUGCAACGAGUUGGUCUAAAUUCAGAUAAUCAGAAACGAUUUGAUGGCUACGGUCUCUUAAACACCCCAAUUAACUCUGACGUUGCUGGUUUUGAUAUUGUCUACCAAUUCAACCAUCUCUCCAUUCAAGAGUUCCUUGCGGCGUAUGGAAUUCAAAAACUAGAUCGAUUGGAACAAGUUCGUCUUCUCAGAGAAUUUCGCGAUGACAUGCAAUUUCGAAAUGUUUGGAAGUUCUUUUCUGGAAUUACCAAGUUAAUUGAUGAAGAUUUCCAAGAGAUCAUGAUCACUGAAACUGGUAAGGCCAAUCGAGCUCAAAUCUUCCUUCUUCACUGUGUUUACGAGGCAAACACUCAAGCUAUAAGUGAGAAAGCAGCUGAACAAUUUUAUCGUGUGCUCAAUUUGAGCAACAUGUUUCUCAAUACAACUGAUUGCCUGUGUGCUGCUCACAUGGUUACAUCGGCUGGCGGGGAGUGGACGCUGGACUUUAGAGGCUGUAACAUUGGAGACAAUGGGCUAAGUAUCCUAAAAAUGUCACUAGUUAGAUUUGCUGAGACCAACGGUGUUGAUGGCUUUAAGAUAUCGUCUUUCAAUUUAACGCAUAAUCGAAUCACAGCUUCAGCAAUUUCUCAUCUAGCCGACAUUAUAUCUUGCAAUAUACAAUUGGAGGGUCUCACAUUGUCUUAUAAUCCUAUUGGAGAUGAGGGAAUUGGAAAUCUAGCGACAGCUCUUGAAUCUAACAAAACUGUUACUAUUUUAGAGUUGGACAAGUGUGAAAUAACAAGCGUUGGAGCUUACAAGAUAGCGAAGAUUCUAGAAGGUCAAAACAAGUUUAUCAGAGAAAUACACUUUCGACACGACAACAUUGGUGAUGAAGGAGUUGAGAGAAUAGCACUUGCUUUGGAGAAAAAUGAGACAAUCACAGAAAUGACAUUGGCGGAUAUUGGAAUGACUUCUGUUGGACUCACCGCAUUGUCAAAUAUGGCUGUAAUCAACGGAACGUUUGAGACUUUAAGGAUUGACCGCAACAACCUUCAACCUAUGGAUUGUGAGCUAAUUGCCAACAUCAUUGAGAGAAACAACAGUCUGAAACUGCUGGACUUGACUAAGAAUCCAAUCGGAGACCAAGGAUUCCACAAAAUUAUUGAUGCACUUAUCGCCAAGCCAACAAGCUCACUCGGAAGUUUGGGAGUUUAUGGCUGUGGGAUUACAUCACCGAAAGGAAUUGAAAAGCUUGUCACUCUCUUCAGUGUCACACAGACACUCGAUAGGCUUCAACUAGGAUACAACCGGAUAGAUGACGAAGGAGCCAAACUGCUUGGACAAGCUCUUCAGCAGAAUACAUCCAAAAGCGUAACAACUGUAGUACUUGAGAACACUCAUAUUUCAAACAAAGGAAAGAAAAUGCUCCAAGAAAUCUGUGACUCACUCAAUGCUGGUCGAGAUGACAGUCAGAAAGUAAACGUUGUAUUUACAAACAAUUCUCUCUCAAAAAAGUUGAGAGAAGACCUACUCCAUAUCUGAUUUACAUAACAUUUUAUCCCCCUAAUGUCAUGCAUACACCUUUUGUAAAGAACUUGUUCGUAAUAAUUAUACACAUCUGUCAAA